UGCUAGUGCUAAGUAAGUCCGUAAAGUUAUUGCAAAUUUUUUUGGUAUUUUGGUUUCUGCUAGCAGUCCCUCUUGAUCCGUUUCACUUGCAGCACGCUUGGUUAAACUCCGGGCGAUGGCCGAGCAAGGACGCACCCGGGAUUGGACCUAUCGACGGUGGCAGCCCGCAGCCCAUCGGUUUCGCCGACCGGCGCCUCGUUCGCAUCGACUCCACCUCCUCCUCCUCGCACGCUAUAAACUAGACUAGAGCAAUACCCGUGGUGGAUGUUCCACCGCCUGCUCCGCCGCGCGAUGCCGCUCCCGCCGCCGCAGUCCCCGCUUCCUGCUCCCCGGAUGCCGGGGGUCACCGGCGGGCGCCUCUUCGCUUCGCUGCCGUCGCCGCCGCCCCUCCAGUCUCGAAGAGAGGUGCAUGUGUGGUAUCUUUUGCCUGAUGAGUUGAAGGAUGCCUCCCAACUCAAGAUGUACACGGAGCUCCUUUCCCCUUCUGAAAGGAAGACUGCUUUGUCUAUGAACGGGGAAAAGUUGCAGAAAGGUGCCGUGCUGUCCCGUGCACUGCUGCGCACCACCCUCUCGAGAUAUACAGAUUGCAAAGUUGAUCCAAGAUCAUUUGAGUUUAAGAAAAACAAGUUUGGCAAACCUGAGGUACUGUGGCGAUCUGAUGACAGCAGGAUGGAAUGGCCUUUACAUUUCAAUAUUUCACACACAUCAUCUUUGAUUGUCUGUGGCAUAACCAUGGAUACUCCUAUUGGCAUUGACGUUGAAGAGAAGACACGAAAGACAGCCAAGAAUAUUUUAUCUCUUGCUCGCCGUUAUUUCACCCCAUCUGAAAUUGAUUAUCUAGCUAAAAUUCCAGAUCCUGAUGCUCAGCAAAAGGAGUUCGUAAAACUAUGGACUCUUAAAGCACCAAAAGUAUCGAACGGUUCUGACUCUAUCCAUGACUGUCUGUCCGAGAAUUGGCAGUUUGCACUUGCUGAACUAAACAGUUCUCAUUACAUGGCAAUCUGUAUAGAGGAUGACUCAACAAGUUCAGAUUCUGGAAACGGUAGACUGCCACUAGGAUUGAAAGUAUGGAAGACCACUCCGUUCGUGGAAGAUAUACUUGUUUCUGGAACGGAAGCUGUAAAACUUGUCAGUUAAGUAUGUGAGAGGAUAUCUGCCAUUGGUCAAGUGAUUUCGCCAGAUGACAAUGUGAUGCAACGAAUGUAUUUGGACGAAGUAUGCGCUGUGCAGGGAGGCUGAACGGUUUUCUUCGAGCAUACUGCAUGCAUUGAUGAACUGACCACUGACACUGUGUGCUUUAGUUAAGAUUUGGAAAUGCAAUGACAUACACUUUGGAGUCCUGAUAUUCAUAUUAGCAUAUCACGACACUGUUUCGAAAGGAAUAAACAUUUAUCUCUCUCUUGUGUGUGUGUGUGGGGUAAUUUUAGACGUAUUUUGUACUGAUUGGUCCUUGUUAUCUGACGGAUCAUUGGAAGAAAUAUUCAUGCAUCAGCAUGCUUCUAUCGGUGGC